AUGGAGCCUCUCUCGGUGGGCGCGAGUGUUAUUGCCGUGGUUGGCGCUACUGCAAAGGUCAUCAAAGGAAUCCGCCGCCUCAAAGCAUUACAAGACGCGCCACGGGAACUGGACGACCUACUCGCCGAGAUAUCUCAACUUGAGCUUGUUUUGCAAGCUGUCCAGAGAGCUCAUGAGAAUCCUGGGGUUGAGCUGGGAAGGCUGCUCGAGAUGGCCCGCAGAAUCCUAGUCGACUUUGAGUCGUUGAUUGAAUAUAAAUUGACAGAGGCGGGAACUAGUAAUAAAGUCGACCGCUGGCAGUGGACACGCAGCUCAAAGGAUGUGGAGCGACUGCGGGGACAACUGCGUGAUGUCACAGCUAACCUAGUAGCACUUGUCGGCGUCAACACCAGUUCCCUCGAAAGUAUAACCCUGGAUCAGGUAUCCCGGGUCACAAAUCAAACGCUCUCCGAGCAUCGACAACUCAGCAAUCAGAUACUCCCUAUACUACCUGCUCUUGCCCACCUGGUACAGCUUUUGGAAGAAUCGCCUUCUACUCAAUCGGCUUUGGCUGGCUCGCUGGGUACGGUCCGACAGCUUACUCUCGAAUCAGACCCUCAAGCAAACGAUACCGUAGCGAAAGCUACCGAGACCGAAACGCUUCAAGCGGACCAGACUGUGUCCAAGCUCCAUCCUCAAAGAAUUCUUCGUGUCAGAAAAGUCCAGAGAUGGGCCGCGCUUCAGUUUGAUGCUGAGACAAUGUUCUGUAUUUCAAAUUACAGCGACUUCUGCCACGAUCCAUGGUCUGUUACGGCCGAGGCCGAGAGCCUUGUAUGGCGACUCUUCGUUCUUGUCGCCCGUUAUCCGACGCGGAAUUAUGGUGAUGGGCCGUACAGGUUGCUGACUGAAAUUCUGCCUGCGGUGGAAUGGGAAUGCAACGUGGAGAGCCAAAAGUUUACUAUGUUGCAUCAGAUCGUGUGUGGACUGAGCAACCUUUCCUUGAAUGCUGAGCUGCGACGCUCAGCUGCUAUUAACGAGUUGGACAGACAUGGUCGGAGUGCAUUAUGGUAUGCAGUAAACCAUCGAAAACUCGACUAUGUUAGAAGACUACUAGAGCGGGGAGCCGAUCCGAAUACUGGUGACCCGCCUAUUUGGGCCGCUGUAGAGGGAUACUCAGAUUACGCAAUUGUAGAAUUGCUUCUCGAUUCAGGUGCAACCCUCAGUCCCUCUGGCGAUACUGGCUGGCUGCCAUGGCCUUAUUCCGGUUGGAGAAGUGACACUUUGGCGGUGGACGAGCUGCUCGUUAGACACGGCAUUGACCUCGAUCACCGUGCGGAAUUUGAUGGUGUCCAGGGUGUGACUAUACUAAUGCGCUUGACUUGCGACUAUCUGCUUAGCGACGCAGCACCCCGUCUGAGACAGUUGAUCAAAUUCGGCGCUGACAUUGAGAUUGCUGACAAGAGAGGCAAUACUGCAAUAAUGUAUGCUGCUUGUGCUGCGUUCCCUGAGACCUUUGAUAUUCUCGCACGCGCUGGCGCACGCCUUGAUGUGAAGACCGUCACAGGUAGCACGAUUUUACAUCUUGCCGUCACCCAUACAUCCGAUGAUAGGCGCAACUUUCAUCGGCUCUGCGAGGUAAUGCGCCAUGCAGAUAUCACGAAGCUAGACUUAGAAGCACAAGAUAAAGAUGGAAAUACGGCUUUCGACCUUUUACGGAUGAAAAAUGGACCCAACUGGGAGGCAUACUGCCAAAGCAAGGGCCUUAAUGUUCGGUUGAUGGAAUACUACGAAGAUGAGCUGGAAUUUGAGCUGGAAACCAUCUCUGCUCUUGAAGAAUUGCUGCGUCACAUCCAAGAGGUCCAAGGCGUUCCGGAAGCAGACCGCUAUCCACCUCUGGGUGAAUACUGCGCGCGCGUUGUGGAAGACGAACCCGUCCCGGGGGCGUGGCCUGUGUACUGA